AAUGUAUUCUGGGUACACAUUAGUUCGUUUCGAAUCUUCGUUCGAGAGUGUUGUGAUCAAACAGUGUUUCUAGUUUUUAAACAAUGUCGAAAAAAUAUGUUUUAAUUUUUUGGCAUGGAACACAGGAAAGCUCUAUCAUUAAAGAAGAGGAUAUUUGUGUGGAGAAAGGAUCUUACGAUGUGAAUGAUAUUGUGGAUGUUCUCUGGAAAGAUAAUAAAACUCAUGAAGGAAGAAUAUUAUGCUUAAGCGACCCCUCGAAGAAAGGAAGUAAAUCUGGUAUUUCAACUACGUUAAAAUAUUGGGAAAUAUAUGAAAUCGGAAAGGUAGAGUUUAUCAAAGGCUCUAAUAUUUGGAUCUCAUUGGCAGAUCUUGAAUUUAUUACGGAUUUGACGAGAAACGACCCAGAUGAAAUGGCCCGAAAACUUCUUAAGCAUUUCAUCGAAGAAGAAGUUUAUCAAAAUCGUGUGCUGUAGGAUCGAGUGAAAACAACGAUUCAAGACCCGGAAUCAAUCCAAAAAUUCGGGAUAACGUUAAAAGUUAGUAUAAAUCAUACU